AACAAGAAUUCAAACAAAGAUAGAAUCUCAUGACCAGCUUUGCAUUUAUUGGUAUACAAGUUUUUAAGUUGAAGCAAGAAGAAGAAAUUGUCUUAUUGUGGUCCUAGCUAACAAAAAAUGGAAGAAUCUUGUCUGAAUUCCAAAUGGUUAGUACUAUCAUACUUCCAUUGCUCAAUUCUCGUUAUGUCUAUGGCUGUCUCAAGCUUGGAAUUUAAAGGUGAUGAACAAGUUUUGUUAGACUUGAAAGUUAGAAUAACAAAUGAUCCAUUCCAAGUAAUGGCUUCUUGGAAUAAUUCUCUCCAUUACUGCAAUUGGACAGGCAUAACAUGCAACCCCUCCAUUGAAAGAGUCAUGAUUCUUGACUUGAGAUCACAAAAACUCGUUGGCUCUAUACCGUCUUCUAUUGGGAAUCUCACGUUUCUCACAUCCAUAAAUCUUAGAAAUAAUAGCUUCUAUGGUGAAAUCCCAAUGGAAAUUGGCAACCUCCUUCAGCUGCAACAUCUCAAUCUCACUUGGAAUUCUUUUACUGGAACCAUUCCUUCUAAUCUGACUUACUGUAAACAACUUAGAUCACUUGCUCUAGAAUAUAAUAGGCUUGUUGGUAAAAUACCCGAUCAACUCAUUUCACUUUCAAAGUUGAAUUAUUUAGGAUUUGGAAGCAACAAUCUCACUGGAAGUAUCCCAUCUUGGAUUGGAAACUUUUCGUCGCUUCGUGGUCUUUCCCUUGCCAUUAACAAUCUUCAAGGACAAAUACCUCAAGAUAUUGGCCGUUUGUCAAACCUGCAAAUCUUCCAAGUUUAUGGAAAUCAGUUGAAUGGUACAAUUCCUCAAUCUGUUUUCAAUAUUUCCUCUCUUUACUAUUUCUCUGUUACUCAAAACUUGCUGUAUGGAGAGCUUCCAUCAGAUAUAGGCCUAACUCUUCCAAAUCUUGAGGUGUUUGCUGCUGCUGUGAACAACUUCACUGGAUCGAUUCCCGUUUCUUUAUCAAAUGCUUCAAAACUUAGUGUUAUUGAAUUGUCUCAAAAUAACCUCACUGGAAAUGUUCCUACAAGUUUAGGACAAUUACAGUGGUUGUACAGGAUCAAUUUUGAGAUCAAUAGUCUUGGGAGCAACAGGAAUGAGGAUUUGAGGUUUCUUGAUUUCUUAGUUAACUGUACAAGUCUUCAAGUUUUAAGCUUUGAGGACAAUUUAUUGGGCGGCGAACUGCCUAAAACCAUCGGUAACCUUUCCACGAGACUUGAAAUAUUUGGUCUUGGUUAUAAUAGGAUAAUUGGUUCUGUUCCUGCUGGACUAGGAAACCUUGUCAAUUUGACACGUUUAUCGCUUGAUAAUAACAACUUCAGAGGCAGUGUUCCUGAGUCUUUAGGUAAGCUUCGACACCUACAAGGAUUGGAAUUGAAUGGAAACAAGUUUUCAGGAAUUAUUCCAUCUUCUUUUGGUAACUUGACAUCUCUAACAACUUUACACAUUGAGGAUAAUGAACUAGAAGGGAACAUACCUCCGGAGCUCGGACAGUGUACCAGUUUAUCAGUACUAAACCUUACUGGAAAUAAUCUUGUUGGUUCCAUACCAAAGGAGCUUGCAGGUCUUUUUUCACUUUCAAUUUCUUUGGCCUUAGCGAAUAAUUCUUUGACCGGUUCCUUGCCAGCUGAAAUGGGAAAGUUGAUAAAUCUCAAGGAAAUGGAUAUUUCACAUAACAAAUUAUCAGGUGAAAUUCCAAGCACACUCAGCAGCUGUGUCAGUUUAUACCGCUUCAUCGCGAAUAAUAACCUGUUUCGAGGAAGAAUUCCUGAAUCCUUGAAAGGAUUAAGAGUUUUAGAAGAAAUUGAUUUGUCACACAACAACAUCUCAGGAGGAAUACCAGAGUUUCUUGGCAAACUUCCAUAUCUUAGGAAGCUUGAUCUUUCAUUCAAUGAACUUGAAGGCAAAGUACCAAACGAAGGGAUCUUUGUGAAUGAAAGUGCAGUUUCAAUUUCAGGGAAUCGUAAACUAUGUGGAGGUCCUCCAAACUACAAUUUUCCUGCAUGCCCUACACAAAAAGAUCCAGCAUCAAAGAAACACAUUCAUUCAAGGACAAAAGUAGCGAUUAUUAUUUCAGUUACAUUUUUAUUUCUACUUUUGUGUUCUUUUACUGCUUGCUAUAUAGUAAUUAGGAAGCGAGAUCUCAGUGCACGGUUCUCAAGAGAAAGGCAAUCUGAACAUUUUGAUGAUGACGAACCAACUUUAGCUAAUGAUCCAUCUUUGGCAGCAAAGAUAACUUACCAAGAUAUAUUUAAGUCAACCAAUGGAUUUUCUGAGGAUAAUCUGGUUGGUACUGGAAGUUUUGGUUCUGUAUACAAAGGACAGUUUCAGGUUUUUGAUAAAGUUAUGGCAGUGAAAGUAUUGAACCUACGACAAAGAGGUGCAUUGAAAAGCUUUUUGGAUGAAUGUAGAGUUUUGAAAAGUAUAAGGCAUCGUAAUCUCCUUAAGAUCGUAGCUGCUUGUUCAAGCAUCGAUUACCAAGGUAAUGACUUCAAAUGCAUAGUAUUUGAAUUCAUGGCGAAUGGAAGCCUAGAUGAUUGGUUGCACUCAAAAAGUGAUGAGCAAUACCUCAACAUUAUCCAAAGGCUAAACAUAGCAAUAGAUGUUGCUUCAGCACUUGAUUAUCUCCACAACAAUUGCCAAGUACCAAUUGUUCACUGUGAUUUAAAACCGAGCAACAUUCUACUUGAUGAAGAGAUGACUGCCCAUGUUGGUGAUUUUGGAUUGGCAAAAUUCCUCCUCAAGUCAAAUGAAUCGUGGAAUAAACAGACUUCUAUUGCACUAAAGGGUUCUAUAGGUUAUAUCCCACCAGAAUAUGGAUCAGGUGUAAGUGUGUCCACUUUUGGAGAUGUUUAUAGCUAUGGUAUCAUGUUGCUAGAGUUGUUCACUGGUAGAAGGCCAACCGAUGUAAUAUUCAAAGAUGGCCUGAAUAUUCACCAAUAUGUCAAAACCACUUUGCCUAGACAUGUUAUGGAGAUUGCUGAUCCAGCAUUGCUUUUAGCAUAUGAAGAAAACAGCAAAAAAGAGGACAAUGCGAGUGAUUUGGAAGAAAAGGCAAUACUUGAAGAUGAUGAGCACAUAUCCCAGCUAAAUGCCAGCACUAUGAUAGAAGGAUGCUUGGUUUCAAUCUUGAAAAUUGGACUUUUAUGUUCUAGCUCAUCGCCAAGAGAUCGGAUGCCAAUAAGUAUAGCUUUGGACAAGAUUCAUACAAUCAAGAAUUUAUAUCUACAAUCUAAGAGGAGAAAUAAUAGUACCAAAAAGAUCAGAUGCGAAGUUUAAAUGCUGGAUAAAAGGUGAUGGAUUUGAAAUGGAAACUCAAGCCUUCAUCAUAAAUCAUCUCGAGCCAACAUCACGUGGCCUUACUCGAGACUGGAACUCGUGCAACGCUGCUGACGACAUUAGAUAGAUUGAUUAUAGAACAUUGUUUUGUACUAAAUGUAAAUUAAGAACUACGUGCGGGCUUGAUCCCCUCUUAAGGAUUUGUUACGUUGGCGGGGUAAGUAGGCAGCCUGAGACCAAGAUGAUCUCAGGUGCAGCCCCUUUUAGUUUUAAGAAAAUAUACUGUUUAUGUUUAUAGCUUAUUAACACUCCUUACAAAGAUAGGCGACUUGUUGUAUGUUUUUUUGGCAAUUGAUAACUGGCAUCAGUUUUGUAAUACAUGCCUCGAUAAAAUGAUUGGGGAACUCUAUUCUAUUUCA